UGUCUCUUUUUUUUUGGUGAAAACAAGGGUGUCGCACGUGUGCCGAUGAAACUUGGCACUCGGAGUUAUUAAUCGUAUUUUUCACUGAAGCAAGGACGGGUGGACCACUGACCACAUUUCACUGGAAUCUGAGGAUUAUUUGAGGUGCAGUCAGGCUUGACCAAUUUUCACGAUCUGGAACUAAGGAAAUAAUCAUGGUUCUUAGCCUGAGUUGAUCCCCCUUGCCUGAUGAAACCAAGAUGAAAUCUGAACCCGAUAGAAGACGACUCUUUGUUGGAGGUCUGCACAAGGACGUCACCUCGGCAGACCUUGAGCAACGCUUUGGAAAGUUUGGAUCAGUCACAGAUGUCAAUGUCAGGACAAAGCGGGAUAGUCAAGGUCAAGUAGUGAAUGUGUUUGCUUAUGUGGACAUCAACAUCACUGAGACCAAUUUCAAGAAGUGCCUAUCAACAUACAACAAUGCCAAGUGGAAAGGACACAUAAUGAAAGUACAAGUUGCGAAGAAGGACUUUUUGACCAAACUUGCAAAAGAGCGGAAAGAAGCCCAGGAAACCCCAGAGCCUGACAUCAAGAAGACAAGAAAGCUGAAGGAGGAGGAUUCAGCCAGGGAAAGGCUGGAGGAGAGUAUGAAGAAGGCAGGCGUGGAGGACUUUGUCAUGAAGAAAGCUGUUCCUGGGACACCGAUACCAGGAGAAACGAAUUGGGUUGUUGGCAAAUUUGGCCGCGUUCUUCCCAUCAUGCACAUGCGGCGUAAGGAUAAGAGAUCAACGAUGACCUUUGACCCCUCCAAGUAUGUACACCACGUUCGUAAAUUCAAGGAGGAUGCCAAGAGUGACCAGAUCAUAGCUGGCAGACCUGUGGAAUAUCUGACUUGGCAUCUUCCGGAGACAAUAUCGGAUAUGGAUCGAAAAAGAAUGGGUGAUUUUCCAGAGUAUUCACGCAAGAAGAAAACAAAACUUGGCCAGCAAGAAAUGUGGUUCAAAGAUGACAUGUCUGAAAGGAAGCAAAUUAGUCUUUCUAGGAGUACAGAUGAAACUCGACGAGGCACAGGAAAGUUCCAACUUUCUGAGGGAGACUUUGAAAUUGUCGGUUUGAACACUGGAAAAUCCAACAGCAGCAGAACAGAUUUGGUCAAGCUCAAACCUUACCGGGCGCAAAUGCAAGGGAGCGUAAAUUUCGACCAAAGUAGUUCAGUUGAAGGAGAUCAGAGCAGGCUGUGCAGGGAUGUACAAGACUUGAUGGAGCAGUGCAACCUGGAAUCGGACGACGAUUCGUGCGGGUCAGCCGACACAGAUGACAUUUGCAAUUUUGCCAGGAAAGGCACUGAGGCAGAGUCCGAAGGGCAAGAGUCGCUGAGAAAUUGGGCGGAGGAAUACUACAGCACGGAGAAGAUGGCUGCAAUGUCAGGCGGUACGGAAGAGUUUGACGGUUCCGGACAGGAGGAUACCACGACUGAAAUGACAGUACACUCAACGGGCUCAUCCCCUAUCAAGGAAAGCAGGAGAACAACUACCAAACCAAUCGACAGAUUCCAAAGUGUUUCUCCCGGCAGACGCAAAAAGGCAAAUGGCCCACCUCCUGAAAAUAUCCAGCUUGGGAGUGCUGAGGAAAAUGACAACAGUGGAGCAGAGUUCGAUAUUGAUACGGCCAAGAGAGGGGAAGAGGAUGAUAAAGUAAACAAAGAAGACGGCGACAAUUAUGAAGAUGGUGCUGAUGAAGAUGCCGACGAUGAUGAAGAUGACAGUAUUAGCAGAGAUAGUAAUGAUGCUAAUGAGGAUACCGACGGCGAUGAUGAUGAUGAUGAGGAGGAGGAGUUUGAGGCUGAGCAUAGAGACAAAGCAGAAAAUGAUGAUAUAAACAAUUUGUCGCCAAAUGGCACUUUUUAUCGUAGCGGCGGGGAGAGCAUCACCCUGAGCGAUAAGAGCAGAGUGCAAAGGAAAACAGAGCACAAGGGUAAUCUUGGAAAGAGAAGAAAAAAUGAGAUUGUUGAUGGGAGUGAUGCAGGUGACGGCAGUGCAGACGACAAUGCUAGCAAUACUGAUGACCAGUCAUCAGAUCUGGACGGUACAAGUGACACCGAUUCCAGUGAAAGCUCGGACCCCACUGAAGAAACACAGACACCUCGAAGGAGACCGUCGACUGGCAACAUGGUCUCUGAAGCAAGAAAACCUACACUGGGCUCUCCCGGGAAUCCAAGCAAACUCAGGCAGUCCAACCAGAUACGGUUGGAGUCAGUCAAGAAGAGGCAAGCGGCCAUCUUGACCCAGAAGGCUGCCAUCCAAGAUGCCCUGAAAUCUCUGGAUUUGAAAGGGGGCUCACUUUCUGUUGGGCACCAUGUAAGAUUCGACUCGGAUGACGAAGCCUCAGAAGCAGAGCGUACCGAACAAGAUCAGAGUGUUAUGUCUAAGACUGGCGACGAAGAUAGAUUUAAGAUCAAACCGCAGUUCCAAGGAAAGGCAGGGGAAAAGUUGCUUAGACUUCAGCAUAGGAUUGGCACAGAUAGUCGCUUCAAGCUGGGGGAACUAUUCCUGGAAGAUGAAGACGAAAGUAAUGAGGAGGACAUUGGUGAAAAUCAAGACUUGAAGGCAGAGAAACAGAAAGCGCUGUCUGUGUUGGAGGACAUUGUCGGGAGUCAGGCUAUGCACAGCCUGGAGAGCAAGACUACUUCAAACUUCAGGGAUCCUAGUCGAUUAAGAUAUGAUCCAACGAGGGAGGACCAUGCUCAUUUUGAGAGAGCAAAUACUUCAAUAUCAAAUGCAUCUUCUACAAAGAAAAAGGACAAGAUAAAAGCUGAGACAGUAAUUCCUGAGGUCUCUAAGGAUGUGUACUAUGAGGUCAGUGACCUGACGUUCACCGGGAGUAAAGACGAGAAUCAACCCUUCAGGUUCUUUGGAGAUGAUGAGUUGGAGACAGAGAAUGAUGACAGUGGUGUAGGUUUUGGCACCCUCCAGAAGGACAUACAGGCUGCCACAACUCUGGGAAAGAGGCAGCUUGCACUCGACAGUAGCGACAGUGAGAGUGAGGUGGAAGAAGUGAAGCAUGAUGGGAUGGAUGACAUGGACAUCGCAUCAGCUCCCGAUGCAACAGCAGACAGCCAACCGACAUCGGCCCACCAAGGAUUCUUCUUUCAGCCUGAUGAUAUACGAUUGAAAACUGGCCCAGAGCAGUUCUGUCGCAAGCUGAGCCAGGAAGGAAUGUACCAAUGGUUUGAAGAGCAGAAAGCUGAACUGCAGAGGGAAUUCAAGAAGAGGCACCAGAGGGCUCUACGAGACUCCAAGAAGACCGCCCGUCAAAGCCCCGGCAAGAAACUCAGGAGGUGAUCAGACAUGUAAGUGCCUGUUUUCCUUCCGCUGUUGUGAUUUUGUUGGGUGAUGAUCCUCAAUACUUGCUAGAUCCUGUGCUCGGUUCACUGGCUGGGAUGGACACAAAUGCCCUGUCCGACCAGACAAGGGGUGCUUUCACUGUUUACGGCUGCUGCACAGUGUUGGUGGUGGAAGUGAUGGAGUUAAUGAACCGGAGAUGUCACACAGCAUCGAGUGAUUCGUGCACGGUGUUGCUGGUCGUUGAACUCCAUUGGAACUGAGUACGCCCAUGUGGAUGGAUAUUGCCCGAGUGCUUGAAGACUUGAAAUCAUCCCAAGCAUUUGUGAUCUCUGAUCCAUCCCUUGGCCUCGGAGGAAGGAGAAAUUCCCAUGAGGUGAAUAACCAGAUGCUACCUGAUGCCGUCAUUCUCCUUUUGGACCUGUGUGAAAGAUCAGUGAUAAAUUUUGCAACUACAUGUAGUAAGCUUGUUUGCAGACUAUGGAAACCCUGAUUACCAAUCAGGAAGACUUUGUCAUUAUUUAUGUACAACGUGCAACUCAUUGAUGACAUCGAUUGCUGUUGCAGCAGUUGAUUUGAUGAAAAAAAGCAGGAGGGUACUGAUAACGAUCUUGAAUGUACACCUGCAACAUUUCGGUCCUCGAUCACUUAAACAGUAGAUUCAUUGGAGCCACUCUAGUGAAUAGCCUGACAACUGUGUGAUGUGUGCACCUGUAGAUAAGCAUGAGCGACAAAAAAAAGAUAAUAUAACCGAAAGUGUUAACUGACUGUGCCAUCCAACAGAAAUGGGAACCAGCUGAUGGUUCUUACCCCAUGAACUGUUUCCGUGAGUUCGGAAGAUUGUUGGAAUGAUUCCCUGGAUAAACGGCCAACCCUCAGGCCCAUUAUAACACUCCAUCAGUCGGUGCAGAGUUGUUCAUCUCUGUGACGACUGCAACUGUCAUCACAUCCAUGGCCAACUGCCGUAGAUCGCCUGUCUCAGCCCGCGGCUGCUGUCUGGUGCCCUCGCUACGUGACAGUAGAAAUGCCAGCCAAGUUGUAUUUAAUAUUUUUUUCAGUACAGUCUUGUCAUGCCAGGUGAUGGUAUAUAUCAACUGUGCCGGCAAUCUGAAGCAAUUACAGAUACAUCAAUAAGAUCAUGUGAUGAUAUGUGUUAGUUACCAUCUCUGAGCGUUGCUGACUGUUGAGGGGAAUGCUACCCCUUGCUCAGCUCAGUUGCGAUAACAUUUCAUUCAGGCUGUCCAUUUGUCGAACAGGUUACAUUCACUAAUGCAAACCUUGGCAGACAGCACUUUUGCAUAGAAAAUAGUUCGAUUGAUUGAUUGAUUGAUUGAUUGAUUGAUUGAUUGAUUGAUU